AUGAAGACAACCUUCCAAAAACUUAUACGCUUCCAAGACCACGAAGGCAACAUUCGCUACGGCGAAGCCCCGGAAGAUCUCGACAAUCUCAAAGACGAAGAAGUUCCGAUUUACGAGGGUGCAGAGCCAUGGGACCUCAAGCCGAGUUCGGCCACAGCAAAGAUAGCGAAGGUCUUGUGUCCACUAGCAACGACACCGCUCAUAUAUGGUAUUGGCCUCAACUACAAGGCUCACAUUGAGGAGAGUGGUUUUCCCAUCACCAAGUACCCGGUCUACUUCUCCAAGCCACCAGAUGCUUUGGCUGGACCCUAUCAAGAUAUUCCAAUCCCAGCAUGCGUUGAGAGACUGGACUACGAGGGCGAGCUAUCUUUCGUCAUAGGCCGCGAUGUCAAAGACUUCGGUCCCAAUGACAAUCCGGCCGACUACAUCAUAGGCUUCAUGGCUGGCAACGACGUGAGUGCGCGGGACUGGCAAACACAAGAAGCAGCUGGAGGUCAACACCACGUUGCGAAAUCUUUUGAUCAUUUCGCUCCAGUGGGUCCUGUGCUGGCUUCGUAUCAGGCGAUUCCUGAGCCAGAGACGCUUAAACUUGAGACGUUUGUGAAUGGAGAACUCAGGCAGCAGACGUGUACUGAUGACUUGCUGUUCGGUCUGAAAGACAUCUUGAUUAAUCUGAGUCGUGGUAAGACAUUGCGAAAAGGGACUGUUGUGAUGACGGGAACACCAAGCGGAGUUGCUGCUUUCAUGAAACCGCCAGUUUGGUUGAAAGAUGGUGAUGUCGUUAGUGUUCGAAUCGAAGGACUGGGAACAUUGAGGAACAAACACGUAUUUAGCACGUGA